CUCUGGGUCCCUUUCCAACGUCCUCAAGGUUCUUGGACUCUGCGCGAUUUCCUUUGGGCUGUCUUUGGUUCUGCCACAGUUAAAUGACCGCAAGAAAGAGGUCCGUGCUAAGCCCCAGAAUGAACGUUUCAAGCAAGAAGGAUGAGAAUCUUGGAUUUGGAAGUGUCCUCGGAACAGGCUCCUGGGAAGACAUGAUGAGGAGGUUCUAGAGACGUUGGAGGUGGCUUACCUAAUUGGUGUUGACUCACAGAAGAAUCGUGAAAGUGUCUCACUGUGUUGAUGAGUAACUUCUACAGGAUGUUCAACAGCUGUUCUGGCUUUUCUGGAUUCUGUGCUUCACCAAUAGAGCAAUCCCAUGGAGCAUUAAUUAGUUCUUGCAGUUCUAAAAUGACGACUGAUGGGUUGGUGACAUUCAGGGAUGUGGCCAUCGACUUCUCUCAGGAGGAGUGGGAAUGCCUGGACCCUGCUCAGAGGGACUUGUACGUGGAUGUGAUGUUGGAGAACUAUAGUAACUUGGUGUCACUGGAUUUGGAGUCAACAUAUGAGACUAAAAAUAUAUUUUCAGAAAAGGAUAUUUUUGAAAUAAAUUUUCCCCCAUGGGAGAUAAAGGAAAAAAGUAAAACCCUUGGCCUUGAGCCAUCUGUUUUCAGAAAUAAUUCGAAAUGCAAAAGCAAGUUCAAGGGACUACAAAGACAUCAAAGCUUCAGUCAAAUGAUAGUCAGCUAUGAUAAAAUGCUCACUUACAGAAAAAGUAAAUCUCUUACUUCUCAUCAAAGAAUUCAUAAUAGAGAGAAAACUUAUGUUUGUAAGGAAUGUGGGAAGGCUUGUAGUCAUGGCUCAAAACUUGCUCAACAUGAGAGAACUCAUACAGCUAAGAAACACUUUGAAUGUAAAGAAUGUGGGAAGAACUACUUCAGUGCCUAUCAACUCACUGUGCAUCAGAGAUUUCACAAUGGUGAGAAACCCUAUGAAUGUAAGGAAUGUGGGAAGACCUUUAGUUGGGGAUCAAGCCUUGUUAAACAUGAGAGAAUCCAUACUGGUGAGAAACCUUAUGAAUGCAAAGAAUGUGGGAAGACCUUCAGUCGUGGCUACCACCUUACUCAACAUCAAAAAAUUCACAUUGGUGUGAAAUCUUAUGAGUGUAAGAAAUGUGGAAAGGCCUUUUUUUGGGGUUCAAGCCUUGCUAAACAUGAGAUAAUUCAUACAGGCGAGAAACCUUAUAAAUGUAAAGAAUGUGAGAAGGCCUUCAGUCGUGGUUAUCAACUUACUCAGCAUCAAAUCCAUACUGGUAAGAAACCUUAUGAAUGUAAAGUAUGUGGAAAGGCUUUUUGUUGGGGCUAUCAGCUUACUCGGCAUCAACUAUUUCAUACUGGUGAGAAUCCCUAUGAAUGUAAGGAAUGUGGGAAGACCUUUAAUUGUGGAUCAAGUCUUAUUCAACAUGGGAGAAUCCAUACAGGUGAGAAACCGUAUGAAUGCGAAGAAUGCGGAAAGGCCUUUAGUCGUGGCUAUCACCUUACUCAACAUCAGAAAAUUCAUACUGGUGAGAAACCUUUUGAAUGUAAGGAAUGUGGGAAGGCCUUUAGUUGGAGUUCAAGCCUUGUUAAACAUGAGAGAGUCCAUACUGGUGAGAAGUUGUAUGAAUGUAAAGAGUGUGAGAAGGCCUUUUGUAGUGGGUAUCAACUUACUCGACAUCAGAAAAUCCACACUGGUGAGAAACCUUUUAAAUGUAAGAAAUGUGGGAAGGCCUUUAGUUGGGGUUCGAGCCUAGUUAAACAUGAGAGAGUCCAUACAGGUGAGAAACCUUAUGAAUGCAAAGAAUGUGGAAAAACCUUUAGUCGUGGCUAUCACCUUACUCAACAUCAGAAAAUCCACACUGGUGAGAAACCUUUUAAAUGUGAGAAAUGUGGGAAGGCCUUUAGUUGGGGUUCAAGCCUAGUUAAGCAUGAGAAAGUCCAUACUGGUGAGAAAUCCUUUGAAUGUAAAGAAUGUGGGAAGGCCUUUUGUAGUGGCUAUCAAAUAUGUGUUCAUCAGAGACUUCAUACUGGUGAGAAACUUUAUCAAUGUAAGGAAUUUGGGAAGACCUUUACACAUAUUGUUCAACAUGAGAGAACUCAUAGUAAUGAUAAACUCUAUGAAUAUAAAGAGUGUGGGGAAGCCUUUAUAUGGACAAUAAAUGAGAAAAUUGAUGCUGGUGAAAACUUAUGAUUGAAAGAUAUGAAAGAACACUUUUCUGUGUGUACAUAUUACUUACUCAACUAGGAGAACUCUUGAGAAACCCUGUGAAUGUAAGGAAUGUGCAAAACCCAUUCAUCCCUGUAUGUGGACAGUUUACUUGAUAUCAAAUUCAUGCUAGUGAGAAAUAUUUUGAAUAUAAGAAAUAUGAAAAGGCCUUUCGACUUCUGUACAAUCUUAUUAAAUAGUAAUUUAUACUUAUGUAAAGCCAUACAAAUGUAAGGAAUGUGUGAAGAUCUUUAUUUGUGGCACAGAGUCUGAUCAACAUUAGAGAAUGUUUACUCAUUAGAAAUACAUCAAAUGGAAGAAAUGUGGGAAGGACCUAAACUUAAUUCAAUUAUUGCUGCACAUCAGAGAAUUCAUACCACUGUGUAAUUCUUUGAGGGUAAGGAAUUUGAGAAGGCUUGUAGACAUGGUAAACGUCUUAGAAUAAAUUAGAUAAUUCAUCCAAAUGAGAAAUCCUUUGAAUUGGAAUUAUAGGAAAGCCUUUAGACAAAUGCUAUUUAAACUCUCUUCCAGAGACUAGUGCUGGUCCACAAAAUUGUCAUAUGUUCAUCAUGAUAUAAAUACAGAAAAGAAAAGUAAAUGUUUGGAAACUUUUGUAGCAACUUGAUAUUGUCAUAGCAUUUUCAUUGUAUCUUAUGAAAUUAUUAGUCCAUAAAUGAUUGGAAAUUAAAAAACAGAGUUUGUCCUUCCCCAGAAAUAAUUUUAGAGGCAACAUUCACACUUUUAAAGACAUGAGACAGGUCUCAACAUGAUUUAAUUCAAAUAAGAAAACCUUCAUUUUUUUGCCUCUGAUUAGAAUAGCAGACUACUCAUACUGUAGGAAGUCUUGGCAAAUGAGAGAUUCAUGAUUUUCUAAUGGCCAUAAAAGUAUGUGAGAAUUUA